GUGGGGUAUUAUGAAGAAAUGUUGGUAAAUGCAGGUAUGUCAUCUGAUAUAUUUAACCAGAAGGCCCAAACAAAAUAUUUACAUAUAAUCUGUAUUUCUCUUUGUGUCUAUUAGUAGGAAGAUAAAGGCCACUUUAGUUUGUCUCAGGAAUGGCUGGCUUCAACUACACUGGUGUUAACCAUAGGGUCUUCUAUCUGCUGGGCAUUCCAGGCCGAGAAGACUUACACAUAUGGAUUUCCAUCCCCUUCUUCAUCUCCUAUGUCUUUGUUCUCCUUGGGAAUGGCCUGCUCAUUUUCAUUAUCCUCACCAAGAGCAGCCUCCACGAACCUAUGUAUGUUUUCCUCUGUAUGCUGGCUGGAGUUGACAUUGUCUUUGCUACCACCACAGAGCCCAAGGCAUUGGCCAUUUUCUGGUGCAAUUAUAGAGAAAUUUCUCUUAACGGCUGCAUUGCCCAGCUCUACUUCCAGCAUUCCUCCUUCAUCUCUGAGUCAGGCAUCUUGCUGAUUAUGGCAUUUGACCGCUACAUUGCAAUAUGUUACCCACUGAGAUAUACUUCGAUUCUUACCCACUCCCUGAUUGGGAAAAUUGGUGUGGCUGUGUUUUUGAGAGCACAUUUUACAAUUUCCCCCAUGAUAUUUCUUCUGAAGAGGCUGACUUUUUGCAGAAAUAACAUCCUUCCACAUACAUUCUGUGAACACAUUGGCUUGGCCAAGUAUGCCUGUGAUGACACCCGCAUAAAUAUCUGGUAUGGGUUUUUUGUCUUAAUGUCCACAGUGAUCUUAGAUGUUGUCCUCAUUUUUGCUUCCUAUGUUCUGAUUCUCCAUGCUGUCUUUCACAUUCCUUCCCAAGAUGCUUGCAACAAAGCUCUCAACACAUGCAGCUCCCAUGUCUGUGUUAUUAUUCUCUUUUAUGGGCCUGGAAUCUUCUCAGUUCUCACACAGCGCUUUGGACGCCACAUACCACUACAUGUCCAUAUCUUGCUGGCCAAUGUCACCAUGCUUGCUCCACCUAUGCUGAAUCCCAUCAUUUACGGGGUCAAGACUAAGCAGAUACGAGACCAAGUGGUCUAUGUGUUUUUUCCAAAGCAGAAACAACUGGGGAUGGCAGAGACUGAUUUCUGAGAAAUUUCGGCUUUGGUAACUGAAUGGAAAAAUAAAAACUGAGUCACUAGGAAAAUGGCUGUUUGACUUCUGGACCUUUGGAGCAACUUACCUGAGGUUGUGGGACUUGCCUCUCUAAUAAUCUGAAAGUAGUAGUCAUGUCUAACUCUGUAAACAAUUGAGUUUUGGGUAUAGUCAAUGUAAUACUGAGUCUUGUUUAGAUAAUUAUUAAGUUUUCU